AUGGGCAAAAAGGGUAAAGGUAAAGGCAAUAAGUUGGCCAAAAUGUCGGAAGAGGAGCGGGCCCGGUAUUUGCAGAUGAGGGCCGACAUGGAGGAGGAAACGAGGCGACGGAAAAUGCAACUCAUUUCCAUGUACAUGAAGAACAAACUGAAAAGGGAGGAUGCUUUUGGGCGCUUAAACAUGGCCAAAAUCAACCAGGAAUGGCGGAGCAUUCUGCGCCAGGUUAAAAUCCAAGAACUACGUCGGGAGAUUGUCGACGUGGAGUCCUUCUUCCAGGAGGCUUUGAAACGCAAGGAUCAGGUGAUCCACCGCCUCAUUGCCCACAUAGAAUCCACCGAGGACAUGUACGCCAAUCUGCAGCAGUCGCAUAUGGAAAACAUCACUAGAAUCGUUGACACCCACAGAGGUCGCAUCGAGUUCUUCCGGGUGAUCUACGAGGACGACAAGCAGGCGGUGCUGAGCCAGUGGGAGCAGGACUCCGCCGGCUUCAAGGAUAUGCAUGCCCAGAAGCAGCAGCAUCUGGAGUGCGUCUUUUACCAGCUGGAGGAGAACACCGACGGCGGGAUCCGGGACAACCACGAGCGCUUCCUCGACCACUGCGAGGAUCUGAAGAGUGGGAUGCAACUCCAGCUGGAGCAGAUCACCUCCAGAGGUGAGGCUCGUCUGGAGAAGCUGUGGCAGGAGUAUCAAGCUGUUCUGGCCGGCUACUGCCAACACAUCGAGGGUUUCUACUCGGAAUACGUGGACCUCAAGCAGCGGGAUGAGGAGGCCGCCUUGCAGAUCAGCCAGCAGACGCACGAAAUCGAGCACCUGGUGGACCAGCUGGCCAACCUGCGUCUGGUCUCCGAGGAGUUCUACGUGAAGCAGCAGGGCCAACUGGAGCAGCGGCAGGCCAUCAAACAGCAGUUGACCGAACGUCUGAGGGAGCUGCGUACCUGCGUGGAGCAGGAGGUCUCCCGGGAUCACCAAGCCUUCAAGCUGAUGUCCGUGGAGAGCUACAAUGCCUUGGAGUCUCUCCAGGAGACAGUGGGAAAGGGCGAGACUCUGGUCCAACUAUCUGCCGUUUGCGCCAAGAUGGAAACCCAGCGGGAGAGGAUGUUUCAGCUGCCGGAAAUAUCUAAGGAAAUCAUCGAGAUACGAGAAGUGGAGGAUCAGGAUCAGGGAGCUUUUUUUGGUUCAGCCACAGAUCUCCUUAAGGACGAGGUCGGCGUGGUGCCCCAAAUGGAGACCUUCUGGCGGCGGGUCAACAACGUGGCCGUGGACGUGGCCUGCCUGAAGCAGCAGAAGCGGCGCCUGGAGGCGGAGAACAGCCAGUUGAAGGCGCAGCUGCAGGACUAUCUGGUCAAUCUGAACAUCGCCAACGGCUCCAAUAGCCACGUCCACAACUAUCUGGCCCGGAGGCCCAAAAGCAUGUCCGUGGAUCGAGUGGCGCGCCUGCAACUGCAGCCCAAGCAGGUGAAAAGUGCCCUGCCCACCGGGCGCCGCCCUGCAGCUCCGACCCCGCCCACUUUCCACUUUCACCCAGGACGAAACCGAGUGCCCGCCUUCGAUGCCAACUUCUCCAAUGUGGUACGCUCCAGGACUUUGGUCAGGGGCAGAAUGGAUUAA